AUGGACAGCGUUGCUGCAGGUCCUUUUCCUUCCUCUUGCUCUCUCCGUAAACCAGAACGUACGCACGCACACAUACACACACACACACACACACACAAAGCGGACGCCAUGGGUAAUACGAACAGCAGCGCCGACCGAUCGAAUGCGGAUGACAGAGGCGUCCACUCCGAGUUCAUGUACCGCUACGAAACCACAAAGAAGCUGAAGCUGUCGUACAUGAUGCUCAAGAAGAACGUCGCGACCGCCGUCAUGACCAUGGAGGUCACCCCGCAGCACCUCCGCGACGUCGGCACGGGCUACUCAAACGUGUGCGCAUGCCUGAAACACGGCGGCUCCGGGGGAACAAACUCGUGCAUCCAGGGCCAGGCGGCGGGGCGCGAGCAGGCCUCUAUCAGCCGCUCCAGGAUUGACCGCGAGUUCGCUGAUGAGUCCUACAAGGGUUUUCAGACUUUCUGUGAGGCCAUGGAUGACAUCAAGGCCGGUGUGUGCGUCACAAGCCGCACCGCCAUUCACGAAAGGAUCACGGUCGAGCUGGACAGGAUGGUGUUGACGGCAGAGCGCGUUCUGAAGCAGGGUAGGAAGACGAUGCGUAGCAUGGCCCAUUUCACUAAAGUCGCCAGGCAAGUGUCGCGGCGCGAACGGGCGGCGGUGGACCAGGGCAAGGACCUCUCGUCGAGCAAGCGCUACGCGAAGGCCGUCAAAGAGCGCAACGAAAAGGAGAGUUUGUACAAGACAGAGCUCGAGGCCUUUGAUCAGCUGUACGAGCACGUCAUGGUCGUGUCGCAGGAGUUCUGCUCCUCGACGACAGACAUCUUCCUCGACUGCAUUGUCGGCUACUACCGCGAGAUAGUGGCAACGAUCGACGUCUCAGACACCCCGCAGUGCAGCCGCUUGCAAAGCCGCUUUCGCAGCCGUGAGCGAGAGGUGGUGCUGCACCAGGCUUCGGAUGCGGGUUUUUGUGCGAUGCCGGCUGGGCACAUGGACGGCAGCAAGUCCUUGUCCUCCACCGUGCCGCUGAAGUGGGAUUAG